AUGCCUACUUCAUGGUUUACGCAACUUUCGCCUUCACUGAAUCGUAUUCACAGGCAGAUUCUGCAAUACCGGGGAGAUCAGAGCAAUCAGGGACAGCGAGAGUAUGAAUCGUGUGUACCGGUAAUAAAUAGGUCAUUGUAUAAGUUAGUACGUGAAAAUACGAUAGAGUGGGUAUCACGCGAGGGACUCGAAUCGGGUAUUCUGCAGCAGAUACUGGACAUACUCUCCACCUAUUCGACAAAAGAAAAACGAGUUAUCGUGUGUGAUGUGGUUUCGGUGCUUCUAUCCCAACGUCAUUCUCUUUCCCGUAAUAUAACUUCUCUGCUCUAUCCGUUUUUUCAUUCUCGUUUGGUAACUCAUAGCUUUAUUCAAACCAACCUUGAUUCAGAUAAUCGAUUGGCCAAAAAGCUGCGAAAGAUUGUUUCUUCUCACACGCAAUUCAACGCGUUCAGUAUCCAAGUCGUUCUCACGCUCUACUCCUUUUCCGAUUCAUUUGCUAAGAAUGUGUUGCGUCUGCUUGAAUCUGUGGUUUCGGAUACGCAGUGUGAGACGAUCCAUCAAUUGCAGUCCUCCCCUUGUUCCUGCUCCCAUUGUAUAAACAAGAAACGCGAGCUAUCUGUGGAUUCCAGAAAUUGCCCUGAUUUUAAUACUCUGGAUCGAGUUUGGAAGUCUGUGAUUCGUCAUUUUUCUCUGGAUACGGCAAGUCCUGUUCUCUCGAAAACCAAAUCCUUGCUUUUACAACUCGCACUGGAUUCCACGUUUCCACCCUUUUCUCCGUUCGCUUGCCGCCUUCUACUGGAUCUCUACCAGAUUUUGGGUGUGAACGCGUUUAUCGAUGAUGCAGAAUCGUUUUGGAAUUCGACGAAUCCUCGCUGUUGUGCCUUGAUGACUUGUUUAGUGUCCCACAGCACACUUCUAGACACAAACAGCGCUUUAACGGUGUUAAAUGAAAUGUGUCUCACUUCCGAGUGGACCGAAUCCAUGCAGUCUUUGCUCCUUCAUACACUCUAUCUUCGGCUCAGCGCUCCGCACACGCCGCUUUCUCCUCGAACGCUCGCUCGUCUUCAAUCCAUCGCCCUCACGCUCUCCACACACUUGCAGAAUAACAGCCUUGAUUCUCACAGUCACACUCACUUCCCUGCAUUGCUUCACGCAGUGGGCUGGCUGCUCCUCCGGGAAAUUCCCAGUCUUCCGCUCUGCUGCAGGCAGUGGCGAUUGCAUCUCUGUUCCUAUUGUUCCCGCGGGAAAACGACGUGUUGGCUGUGUGAAACGGAGUUGGUGGAUUGGAGAAAUGGAGAAACGGGGGAUACAGGGGACAUGAAGGAAAUCAAGGAAAUCAAGGGCGGAUGUGAGUGGAAACCCCCCGAUUCAGUGCAUCGAUGCAGAUGCGGCUUACAACAUCCUUUUGUGCGACAUAGCUGUCUUUGCGAGAAUGGAGACUUCCCCGUUUCGUUCGAUUACUCGAUUUCCAGUUCGUCGGAGGCAGAAGGGGAUGAUGACGAUGAUGCGGAUUUGAUGUUCGAGAUCAAGCGGAUCCGUCUCGAAAACGAGGAGAAUCGGAAGCGAAGAGCCGUUUUGGGAUUCGAUGUAUGGUGUUCAGUGCUGGAAUUUGUGUCUGGAAGGGAUCUGGUCGAAGCGGCGUGCGCCAGUCGAUUUUUAGCAGACGCGAUGAAGACAAAUGGAGUGUGGAGAGAGCGAUAUCUUGGGCUAUUCAAACACUAUCGAUGUGGUCAUGGGGAAAAGUAUGUGCACUGCUAUUACCACCUGACGCAGCGGAGAGUAAAGAGUCUGAUGAAUCGAAAAAAGAACGAGGUGGUUUGCCAAGUGUGCGGGUGUGUUCGAAGGUUCGCCUCUGUCGAAGAAUAUGAGAAGCAUUUUCAGGAAAAGCACUCUUCGUAA